AUUUUCCACAACAAUAACAAAGGGAGCAGUUGAGACCUCGGAGAAGAAACGAAAGAACAGACUAGCAAAACUCCGAACUAAAGGGUCCAGAAACUUUUAAUUUCUUCCGGGAAGAAUUGUAUUUAUAUAUUUUUAUACAUCGCACGGCGAAUAAUCUACCUCAAGCCACUUGAAGUGAUCUGUUUUUGUUCUUGAAGUCAACCCUCUUCCUGUUUACAUUACUUUUGCCGCAGGGCUUGUUUUUGCACAAUCAACAAGAGCUAUGGCUGAUCUUCAUCAGGUGUUCCUCGGCUGAGAAGGAGUAACUAAUGCACUUCAGCACCUUUACCAAGAUCUCAGUGAGCGGCUCCCGCAGCUGAUGACCAAAGAGCCCGGCCCUCGCCCACUCCCAGCAGGACCAUCCAACCUCGCACCUCUGCCCCGGACAGCACCAUGUUCCAGAGGUUCACCAGCAUCUUGUUUGGAGACUCCCUGGAGGAGGGCAGUGGAUGUCCUGUGGAUCCAGACUUCAAUGAGAAGGAGGAGGACGAUGAGUGGAUUCUGGUCGAUUAUCUAGCGAAGGCCUGCUCCAGUGCGUGUGGAGAUGAUCUGGUGGAGGGGUGCUCUGACGAUGUCGCUCCUCUGGACUCUCCCGUGCGCUGCUCCUCCUGCUCCUCUCUGGAUUCAGCGACAGACACUGACGCAGAAGACGGCAACUUCUUGCGUCUCGAGGCGACAUGUGGGCUUGAAGAGAGCUGGUUCAUUACCCCUCCGCCUUGUUUCAUGGCUGGAGGCAGAGCCCCGGUCCUGCUGGAGACCAGUCCUCUGGAGAACCUUCUGAUCGAGCAUCCCAGCAUGUCCGUGUACGCUGUUCACAGCCCCCGUCAACGACCUGCCAAGGAAGGCACCCGUGAGCCAUCGAUUUUAAGAUCUGAUGUUCAGCGCCGGCCCAGUCAUCCUUCUGCCUGCUACGCAGCCGCUCUGGUAGCUGCUCACGCCGGGUUUCUGGAGCAGACCAAGAACGUCCGCUUGGCCCAGCGCAUCCGUGAAAACGUGGAGCGCCAGCAGCUGUCCCGCAACGCUCUCCGCCGCCUCAACCUGCUGCGCGAUGGCGGAGCCAGACAGGCCAAACCCACCGGAGGCUACGUUCACCAGCCGGGCCAGAGGCAGUACAACUACUGAGACGGUCCCCACUGCACUCCCCCGUCCUCCCCUGCACACCACCCCUUCCACACUGGGAGAAUUGGUCUUUCGCCAGAAGGAACGGAAUCCUUCAGAAUCAAUGCCAUAGGUCACUUUACUUCACGGCAGGUUCCACUCGACCUGAAUGUGUCUGCAUCGUGUUUCCUUUAUAAGCUCCAUCUGGUUCUGUCUUAUGUUAUAUGUCAUGAAGGUUGAAUAACCAAGUGUUUUGUUAUAGUGAGCACGAUGUUGUAGUGCUCUGUUGGAGCAUGUGUAGGCAGCUUGGCACUUUCAAUGCCUUUAACUUGUUGUCUUUGCUUUUUUUUUUUUUUUUUUUUAAGCCAUACUAAGUUCAAUCACACCAGUGAUUAAAUAUUCAGCAGCACUUUUCUGGUUAGGAAGGAACCUGCCUGUGAUUCUGUAGAUCAGUGCUUUCUUCCUUUUUUUUUUGUCUCUUUUAAAAUAUACUGGGUUUAUUAUCACUAAAAGCCUUGUUUCCAUAGUAGAUUUCAAAGUAUGUAAAAUAUAUUUAAAAAAAAAAAAACCUCCAAAAUAUUUUCAAAAGAAAAAAAUAUUGAAUAUAUUACAUAUCAGUAUGAAGUUGAUAAGAGUGUAUGUUAUCUGCGUAGAUAGAUAUGUAUGUAAGCAGUUUUUCCUAUUUUUAGUGACUGAUUUGAUGUAUGACUGUGUAGUGCUAAUUUUCCAACAGGUGAAAAACAAACAAAAAAAGACAUCAAGUGUUGUAAUGUUAAUUUUCAUGUUUGCUCUAUAUCUGCAGUACAUGUCUCAGGGUCAUCACUGUUCACCUUUUGCUCUUUGCUAAAAAUGCAGAUUACUUGCAGACGGUAAAUUUGUCUCUGUACAUACUGGAGAACCUCUAACGUGCGUAUGUUACCUUGUGGAAAUAUUUGUAAUUGAUGUAAAUCUUUAACAUAACGUGCGUCUCACACUUUGAAUGAAAGCUUGCUCCUCCGAGGACUGUGAAAACAAACUCUUUCUCUUAACUGACUGUUAAAGCCUUUGACGGAGUUAAAGUUUUUUUUUUUGACUAGUUACACAUUAUAUUUGCUGAGCGAAAUAUUUAAGUAGCAACAGACUUAAAAUUCUUUGUAGGUUAUGUUUGUUACUCUUUAUUCCUUUAUCACUCAUGACCUGGUGUUGUAAAUUUCCGAUGACACUGCCAAGGUAAAUGUCUCCCCUAAACGAAUGGAACUGAAUUCAGUAACUCUGACAUUCAGUCGAAUGCAUUUCACAUGCAUUAGCAACUCAAGGAAAACACCUACAGCUUUUCUUCUUUCGCUUGCUGCAGUCUGUGUUGAGCAGUAUAUUGCAUUUUCUGACAUUUUUCUCUGUGGACGAAGGGAAUGGAAGGGACAUAAGGUGCUCUUCAUAUUCCUUGAGUAAUACUGGGGAGGCCCUCUUUCUCUAUGUCAGUAGAUGCCUGAUAUUUGGUAUUCAUAACAGGGAUUUCAUUUUGCCUUGAAUUGCAUUUGGGGAUCAUGUGCCUUCCAGGUGAACAGUAUGACAAUGCAUCCGUGAAGAACUUGAAAUUUGUCCAAAGGGACACAAACAAAUGUAAUUUUACUAUGCACAGAGGAUUACCUUGUCUCUGUGAGCCACUUGCUCUGUCAACUUUUACACGAAAUGUAGCAAAUGUUUUUUUUUUCCUGUGUUUAAUGUGUGAAGAAAAUUCUCUGUGGCAUUGCUAAGUUUUAGACUAUGCUUCGGUUGAUUUAUUUUUUAUUUUAGUUUACUGGAAUAAUACAGCACUUUGCCAAAAGUGUAGGGUUUUAGCAUUACUUAGCAUUGUUUAUUUAUCUUUUUCUUGAACUGAUGUGUUUUGGAUACAUGUCAUACACAGACUGUUUUAUAUGAGUAGUAUAAUUUGCAAAUAAAUUGUUCGUUUCAUAUGUCUCAAAACCAACUAUUUGUCAUUAUGUAUACUCCCUUCUCAAUAAAUGUUUUAAUACGAAA